GAAGAAUUUGACUUCCAAAAUAGAACGAUGGACGAAAGUCGCGGGACUGCUCGUUUGGGGGCGAAGAAGGCGGAGGAUUUCAACGUUCGAAUCUCCGAAUUCCGGCAACAAGCCGUACAACAAAAGUUCAGGGCUGCUCAAAUUACCGCCUGCCGACGAUUCCACUAUUAUUCUUGUCAAAACCCAGAGCAGGCCGUUGCUUGUUCCUGUUCUGCUGCAUUCGGGGCUGCAAUCUCCAACCUGGCUGAGGUUGGUCUUCCAGAAUUAGGAUGGAUCAAUUCAGGCAGGUUGGAGAGGUUCUGGGAAGUAUGAAGGCUCUUAUGGUAUUGAAAACUGACAUUACAAUCAAUCGAAAGCAGUGCUCUUUGUUGCUCGAUAUCUUCAAUUUGGCCUUUGAAACUGUUUCAGAUGAGAUCAGACAGAACCUUAGGCUAGAAGAGAAGAACACAAAGUGGAGAGCUCUUGAGAACCCUCUUAAGGAGCUCCAUAGGAUCUUCAAAGAAGGUGAACUGUACAUUCGUCAUUGCUUGGAAAUUAGAGACUGGUGGGGCAAAGCGCUGAGUCUCCAUCAGAACAAGGAGUGUGUCGAGUUUCACAUUCACAACUUGCUCUCCUGCUUUAGUAUCGUAGUUGAGGCCAUUGAGACUGCUGGAGAAAUCUCGGGAUCAAACAAUGAUGAUAUGCAGAAAAGGAGACAGUUGCUCAUGAAAAAGUAUGAUGGAGAGUGGAAUGACCCAAAAAUUUUCCAGUGGAAGUAUGGAAAACAGUACUUGAUUCCUCGAGAGAUAUGUGACAGGUUGAGCAAUGCUUGGAGAGAAGAUAGAUGGCUGCUUCUUGAAGCAAUAAGGGAGAAAAGAAGCUCUGCUUUGACCAAGCAUGAGCAAAGAAUUGCAGAUCACCUGCUUAAGAAGCUAAAUGAAUCGGAGACAACUAAGGGAAAGCUUUUACCAGCUUGGACCUUAUUGGGGGUUAAGGACUACCAUGUGAAGCGACGGCUUGGACCAGGGGGGGGCCACUAUAAGGAGAUCCAUUGGUUUGGGGAAGGUUUUGCUUUGAGGAACUUCUUUGGGGAGAUAGAUGAAAAACAGCAGAAGGAGAUUUCUUUAGCCCUUUCUGUUUCCCAUCCCUGCAUUGCGCAAUACCUCUGUGCUUUUUAUGAUGAAAAAAGGAAAGAGGGCUUUCUUCUUAUGGAGCUUAUGAACAAUUUUCUUGGAACUUACAUCAAAGAGAAUUCUGGCCAGAGAAAACGGAAUCCAUUCUCUCUCCCAGUUGCAGUCGAUAUCAUGCUUCAGAUUGCAAGAGGUAUGGAAUACCUACACUCUCAAAAGAUCUAUCACGGAGACUUGAACCCAUCUAAUAUCCUCCUAAAAGCAAGGAAUUCCUCUGCAGAAGGUUAUUUUUGUGCAAAAGUCGCAGGUUUUGGCUUAACCUCCAUUAAGACUCAUGCUUCUCGAUCUCAUGCAAACCAAAAUGUAGAUGACCCUGUAAUAUGGUAUGCCCCUGAAGUUCUGGCAGAGCAGGAACAGCACGGUGGUAGUUGCAGUUCAAAAUACACAGAGAAAGCUGAUGUCUACAGCUUUGGGAUGCUUUGCUUUGAGAUUCUCACUGGCAAGACUCCAUUUGAGGAAGCACACCUUCAAGAAGACACAGUGGCCCGUAACAUAAGAGCAGGGGAAAGGCCACUCUUCCCGUACGCUUCCCCAAAGUCCCUAGUGAACUUUACUAGAAAAUGCUGGCAAGCUGAACCAACUCAGCGCCCAAGUUUCCCAGCAAUAUGUCGUAUUCUAAGGUACAUCAAGAAAUACCUUGUCAUAAACCCUAAUCUUGGUCAGCCAGAAUCACCACCACCACUCGUGGAUUACUGUGAAAUCGAAACGGGGUACUCAAAGUUGUACCCUGGAGACGGUAGUCACAAUUUGGCUCCAGUCUCACAAGUUCCUUUCCAAAUGUUUGCUUAUAGACUUGUUGAGAAAGAGAAGACUUCUGGGAACUACGAGAAACUUUGGGAUUUAGCUGGUGAAGUACCUUCACUUUGGGGGCCUGCUUCAGGCUGGGAUGAUGAUAAUGGCGACCUUUUCUCUCCCAGAGCAAUGGAUCAAAGGUCUGUUUAUUCUGAUGUUCAAGACAGGAGGAUUGGAGCAGAUCGAAGAUCCGUUCAUUCUGAGGCUCUGUGGAUGAAAGGUUCGACAAGAACAGCAGCCGAUGGGGAGUUAUUUCGUCCUGAGUUUCUGAGGAAGAAAACAGAUCUCAGAGCAGUUGGUUCUAUGACUCCUGGUAGGAAAUUUUUGCCUUCACCAGCAGCCAGUUGCAUGCUUCCUUCUGGGGGUGGAUUCAAAAUUCAAAGGUCAGUUAGUUGUUUGACUCCCGGGGGAUUGAUACUGGCAGCAGAUCAAAGGUCAACCGGUUCUGAGAGUUCGGAUGAGAAAAGUUUCUCAGAUUAUGAGAGUUCAGAUGGUUCUGAAACUCUAGCGAAAACAUUGUCAUCAGCAACAGCACCAGCAGUUGGUCAGGUCUCACCUCAUUUAUGGACUGCAGUAACAACAGAGAAGAAAAUUCCAUCCUCAACAGCUGCCAAUGGGAAUUCAUUUGGUUCCAGGAUUAGAAACAGACCACCACCUUUGCUAACAGCUGCAGUUGAUAGACUUGGUUCUGAGGUAUCAAGGAAUAAAAUUUUGUCAAGAACCGUGAGCAGUUCAAUUCCCAGCAGUCCAGCAAACCCUGCUUUGCCAUCAAGAACAAUCAGCUGUUCAAUUCCCAACAGUCCAGCAGCAGCAAGGGUAGUUUUGCCAUCAAUAGCAUCUGAAUCGAACUCAGAUGGUUCCAACAGUCCAGAGACUCAACAGUCCCCUGGAAAAGCCAAGUCUGUUUACCCUGUCAUACCGAACACAAAAGUGUCCCCAAAAAGGGAGGCAUUAGCUGCACAAACCAAGAAGAGUCCAGUGUUACAGAGAGCACAGUCAACAAGAUCGUCAGCAUUACGGGUUCCAAAAGUACAGCCGCCACAGAGAUCUUCGCCGAAUCUGGUUGCCCGCUGUUCGAGAUCAAUCAGAGAAAGGCGGCAACCAUGGUUGUGAUUCCUUGUAGAUAUUCAGUCGGCAGCAGGCCUAAUUUGAAGAUGGCUUAGUUUAUCUUCACAUAUUAUGUACCAGAACCAACUGGACCUGACACAAAACAUCUCAACUCAACACAAUAUGGGUUCUGAAAGAUAUGAAUGUAACAGUUUUGGUUUUGUUUGCUGCUAAGCAACCGAGACAGGUGGGUGGGGCAAAAGUCUUCUCUCCUGUACUUAGCAUUGAGUUUCAGCAGUGAAAUAGUGGUUCGUUUUUCAGUUUAUGCAGACACUCCUAGCAAAACAUUUACAUGAACAGGGAACUUGAUUCCAUUAGGUUGAAACCACUUGCCUAUAUGAUAUCAUUUGCAAUUGACAAAAUGACAAGGUUGCGAUGGU